AACUAGAUAGUUCGUGCUACACUAUAAAACUAUUGUAAGGAGAAACAUUUCGGUCGUAAGAGAUUGUAAUAGUUACUUUCACUUUACAUUCGUAUUUACAAAACAACAAUGACUAGUAAAGCUCCAGCGAUUGGUAUUGACCUAGGAACUACAUUUUCCUGUGUUGGUGUUUUUCAACAUGGGAAAGUAGAAAUCAUUGCCAACGACCAGGGUAACAGAACAACGCCCAGUUAUGUGGCAUUCACGGAUACCGAACGUCUCAUUGGAGAUCCCGCUAAAAACCAGGUAGCCAUGAACGCUGCUAAUACAAUCUUUGACGCUAAAAGGCUGAUUGGACGCAAAUUUAAUGAUGACAGUGUGCAAGCCGACAUGAAACACUGGCCAUUUAAAGUCGCCAAUGAUGGAGGAAAACCAAAGCUUGAGGUAGAAUACAAGAAUGAGAAAAAGCGAUUUACACCUGAGGAAAUUAGUUCCAUGGUGCUGACCAAAAUGAAGGAGACGGCAGAGGCGUACCUUGGGCAGCAGGUUAAGGAAGCCGUAAUUACAGUCCCGGCAUAUUUUAAUAAUGCUCAAAGAGAAGCCACCAAGGAUGCCGGUAUCAUAGCCGGACUCAAUGUUCUCAGGAUUGUGAACGAACCUACAGCUGCUGCUCUAGCCUAUGGACUCGACAAAAACCUUUCAGGUGAGAAAAAUGUGCUCAUCUUUGAUUUGGGUGGAGGAACAUUUGAUGUGUCCAUCCUCACUAUAGACGAGGGUUCUAUUUUCGAGGUUCGCUCAACUGCUGGUGACACUCAUCUUGGAGGUGAAGAUUUCGACAAUAGAAUGGUGAAUCACUUUGUGCAAGAAUUUAAACGCAAAUACGGUAAAGACAUUUCCAACAAUAGCCGUUCACUGAGGAGACUCAGGACGGCUUCCGAGCGUGCCAAAAGAACAUUAUCCAGCAGCUCCGAGGCUAGCAUUGAGAUCGACUCCCUCUUUGAGGGAAUUGAUUUUUACAGCAAAAUCACACGAGCAAGGUUUGAGGACUUAUGUUCAGAUUUGUUCCGUGCUACCCUGGAACCAGUAGAAAAAGCUCUUAGGGAUGCCAAAAUAGACAAAUCCAAAAUCCAUGAAGUGGUUCUGGUAGGAGGAUCGACAAGAAUUCCGAAAAUCCAAAAAAUGCUUCAAGAUUUUAUGGGUGGUAAGGAGUUAAACAAAUCCAUCAAUCCGGAUGAAGCAGUGGCUUAUGGUGCUGCUGUCCAGGCUGCCAUUUUGAAGGGAGACAAAAGUGAUGUAAUCAAAGACGUUCUCCUUGUAGAUGUUGCUCCACUGUCUCUAGGCAUUGAGACUGCCGGCGGAGUCAUGACCAAAAUUGUUGAACGGAACACCAAAAUCCCAACCAACGCCUCUCAAACGUUCACCACUUACGCUGAUAACCAACCAGGAGUGUCCAUUCAGGUAUUUGAGGGCGAAAGAGCGAUGACCAAAGACAAUAACAAAUUGGGUACUUUUGAACUGAACGGAAUCCCUCCAGCACCUCGUGGUGUCCCCCAAAUAGAAGUCGAGUUUGACAUUGACGCAAAUGGAAUCUUAAAUGUUUCAGCGAAGGACAAAAGCACAGGCAGGUCCAACAAAAUCACAAUAACCAACGACAAAGGUCGCCUGAGUAAGGCUGACAUAGAUAGAAUGGUGAAUGAGGCCGAAAAAUACAAAGAAGAAGACGAGAAACAACGACAAAGGAUAGCAGCCCGGAAUCAGCUGGAAUCGUAUGUGUUCUCUGUCAAACAGGCCGUAGAUGACAGCGGAGAUCAGCUCCAGUCAGAAGACAAGGAGGCCGUCUCCAGGGUAUGUAGAGAAACUCUGACCUGGCUCGAGAAUAACUGCCUGGGAGAGGUUGACGAGUACGAGUUCAAAUUGAAGGAUGUCCAGAAAGUUUGUUCCCCUGUAAUGGCUAAACUCCAUCAGAACGGCUCCACUGGAAACUCGGGUCACGCAGGCUCACACCAAGGACCUAAUGUAGAAGAGAUGGACUAAAUUAGUGAACUUAAAAAACUUACUGAUAAAAACCUCAUAAGUAUUAUGAAUUUAUAGUUGUACUUUCAAUGAAAGACUCUAUACAUUUCAGCAUUAUAAUGCUAGGAAUAUGUGUUGAUAAAUGUUUCCUAUGUUAGGAUA